GUCGCACACCCAAGGCGUUCGUUAACCUUAAAGCAAACAGCUUCUUUUACGAACCCUAUUUAAUCAAAUAAAGUGAACGAUCCAGAUUUGAAUUGCCGAAACCGACAGAACCCUUUUAAGGGUGUACGCCACUUUUGUUAUCAUAUAAACAUUAUCAAAAACUGCGACGCUUCAAGAAAGAGACCUUUGUAAGGACCAACAGAAUAUAAAGCUGAAUUAACUCACACGUCACCACAUUCGUAAAGAUGAGGACGAUUAUCGUGUUGUGCCUGGUCGCAGCAUGCUGCUCAGCGAAAAUUAGCGCUGAUCAAAAAUGUGAGCCAUCAGCGACUCGGUCGAGCACGGUCAAGGGGCCGAUUUGCAAGGGUGCCCUCAUCUUCGAGGACAACUUUGACUUCCUUGACCUCGGCAAAUGGAGCCACGAGGUCACCAUGGCUGGAGGAGGCAACAACGAGUUCCAAGUUUACUGGGCCGAUCCUGCCAACAGUUUCACCUCAAACGGCAACCUCAACAUCCACCCUGGCAAGCUGGCUGACAUCUACGGUAACGACUUCCUCUACAGCGGAACUUUGGACCUGGGACCCACCUGCACCAUCGAUUGGAACUGGGGCUGCUCAAGAACCGGAAACUCUGAGAACAUCCUGAAUCCGGCAACAUCUGCCCGUUUGCACACGGUCAACACUUUCGGUUUCACAUACGGAAUUGUCGAGGCUCGCGCCAGGAUCCCCGCCGGAGAUUGGAUCUGGCCAGCCAUCUGGAUGAUGCCCCGGUACAGCGUGUACGGAGGAUGGCCAGCCAGCGGUGAAAUCGACAUCAUGGAGUCGCGCGGAAACCGCGAGUUCGGCUCUUUUGGCGGCGCCGGCGUCAACAUUGGCGUCGAGCAGGUUGGCUCGACCAUGCACUGGGGCCCUGACCCCAGCUUCAACCGCUGGUACCUGACCCACUGGGAGCGUAACACUGAGCCCGGAAAUGGAUACAACAACGACUUCCACCUUUACCAGGUCGAGUGGACUCCAGACUACAUCAAGUUCAGCGUGGACAACGUGGAACUGGGCACCAUUGCUCCCCCCGCUGGUGGAUUCUACGAGCUGGGUGGCUUUGCCAAUGAGGGCGUCGGCAACCCCUGGGGUGCCUCCAAGAUGGCUCCUUUCGACCAAGAGUUCUACCUGAUCCUGAACGUUGCCGUCGGAGGCACCAACUACUUCCCUGACGGAAUCGCCAACCCUGGUGGCAAGCCCUGGUCCAAUACCUCGCCAACGGCGUUCAGGGACUUCUGGGAAGGCAGAGGCCAGUGGGAGCCUACCUGGCAGGGCGAUACCACCGACAUGCUUGUUGACUACGUCAGAGUCUGGGCCUUGUAAUUUUAACAUUGUACACAUAAUAAAGAAGCUCCUGGAUAAUGUCA